AUGAGAGCCCAAUCUCUCAGUCUGCUCCGCACAGCGACACGAUGUAGUCGCGCGCGACCACACUUGAUCAGCUCUCUGCCCGCGCGACGUGCGCUUCGCCUGUCCUCGACCUCGGCGCCUUCGAAGGGAGAGCGGAAAUGGUCGACGCCGCUCGCACAGUUCCUCGGCCAGGCCAUCACAACAACAGGGCCUAUCUCGGUCGCGGCGUACAUGCGCCAAUGCCUCACAUCUGAGCUGGGUGGGUACUACACGCGCACACCCACCGUGGGCGAAGACCAGUUCGGGACCAAGGGCGACUUCGUCACCUCACCAGAGAUCAGCCAGGUGUUUGGCGAGCUGAUCGGGAUAUGGCUGUACGCCGAGUGGCUCGCGCAGGGCCGCAAAGAGAAGGUGCAGAUCAUCGAGGUUGGACCUGGCAGAGGCACGCUGAUGGACGAUGUGCUGCGGACACUGUCGAGCUUCAAGAGGAUGACGAAGAGCAUUGAGGCGAUCUACCUUGUUGAGGCGAGUCCGCAUCUGCAGAAGCAGCAGGCGUUGCGAUUGGCGGGAACGGAAGAGCUGGAGAAGAGCGAGGUUGGGUGGAAGGCGAAGUGCAAGUACUUCCCCGACUGCGACAUUCAGUGGUGCGAAGACAUUCGAUUUGUGCCCAAAGAUGAGACAGCCACCCCCUUCAUCCUCGCCCACGAAUUCUUCGACGCCCUACCAAUCCACGUCUUCCAAAACGUCCCGGCAUCCUCAAUCCCUGCAUCCUCGACGAUCAUGACACCCACCGGCCCCAUCACCCCCAAACACGGUCCUACAGCGCCCGGAAACCAAUGGCACGAGCUCGUCGUCUCACCCACGAAUCCGUACGCUUCCACGCCCAACCUUAAGCCUGGCGAAGAGAAGCCUGAUUUCGAAAUGACCGUCUCCAAAUCCCCGACGCCACACUCGCUUUACCUACCCAGGAUGAGCAACAGGUACAAGAAGCUGGAGAAGACCGAUGAUGCUAUCAUUGAGAUCAGCCCCGAAUCACUAUCUUACGUGUCUGACUUCGCAGUCCGCAUUGGCGGGAGUGACGGCGCCGCCUCUCGACCAUCGAAACCGGGGAGCGCGCCGGCCGCAAAACCUGUGUCUACGCAGGACGCGCCGUUCAAGAAAGCGGAAGCGAGUGGUGCGGCAUUGAUCCUAGAUUACGGGACGACCGACACGAUUCCUGCAAACACGCUCCGCGGAAUCCGCCACCACAAAGCCGUUUCGCCCUUCGUCGCCCCGGGGCUUGUCGAUCUCUCCGCAGACGUCGACUUCCUCGCCCUCGCAGAGUCAGCACUCGACGCAUCAGACAGCGUCGAAGUCCACGGCCCUGUCGACCAGUCCUUUUUCCUCGCGACCAUGGGCAUCAAGGAGCGCGCUGAGAGGUUGCUGAAGAACGCCAAGGACGACGAGACGAGGGUGAGGUUGGAGAUUGGGUGGAAGAGGCUCGUUGACCGCGGGCCGAAUGGCAUGGGGAAGUUGUAUAAGGCUAUGGCCAUUCUUCCGUAUGUUGAGGGGAAGAAGGUUAGGAGGCCUGUUGGGUUUGGUGGAGAUAUUAUGGGGUGA